UUUUCUUGCGACGCGUUCGGGCGCGUCUCGGAAAAGGGUCAUUCUGGAUGAAAGCGGAGAACGAUACCAGUAUGUUCCUAGAUGAAAGUAGCUCACAAUGUUUGUUCUUACUUCGAUAUCCGAUCUGAUCCCGAUUGAUCCAAAAGAUUUCACAAAGCCCACGCCUGAUGCCAUAAAGGACAACAUACAUAGCAAAUACUCAAACAAGGUUCUACAACAAGUCGGCCUUUGCAUAUGCGUUUUCGAUAUAGAAAAGAUCUCCGAUGGCCUCAUAGGUCACGGGUCUGGCAUAGUAUACGUGCAUGUUGACUUUCGACUUUUGGUAUUUCGACCAUUCAAAGGUGAAAUCCUUCAGGGGCGCAUAAUACGUAGCGACGAAAAUGCCAUCAAAAUCGGCCUCGAAUUCUUCGAAGAUAUUACCGCUCCUGCACCUACUUCUCUUUUUGAGGACACAACAUUUGAUGCGAAGGAAUUGUCCUGGGUCUGGACACCAGAGGGAGGUGAUGGCGAGCUCUACUUUGACUUGGGGGAAGUCAUCCGUUUUCGCGUCGAAUCCGAAGAGUGGCAUGACCGAUCACCCCAAGCCCCUGGAUCUGAAGAUUCUGGCAAGGAUGAUCAGCCACCUUAUAGUUUGCUUGUAUCAAUGCAGCAAUCAGGCCUUGGACUCACCAUGUGGUGGGACGAAGAAAGGGCAGAGGAGGCGGAACAGAGCCACAGUCCCACAUAGCCGCACAAAGUGAUGGCCACGGUUUGCAUACGCUACGCACUCAUCCUGCACAUUUGUGUCAUAUCCUAUGCAUCUGUGCUUCUCUGUGUGAAUAACAAGGCCCGGUGAUAUACCUGCUAACUUGGCUUAGACAC